CUCGAUAAACAAAAUUUAAUUAAUAUGGCUUCUUAAAGUGAAGAAAAAGACUUGAUAGGAUCCAUAUUAAGUGGUAAUGAGGAAUUCCUUAUUGUAGAUUAAGAUGAAAAAUAAGAAAUCAUACCUAAAAAGGCAAGAAAAAAUUUAUCUUUGAGAUCUAAAGAAUUUGAUCCUUAAAUGCAUUUUAAACAACAAGAAUUUCAGACUUCGAAUGCUAGUAUAUUAUCGACAGGCUAUUAAUCGCAUUAGAAAUAACGAAUAUUUUUCCAAACUUAAACAUCAAUAGAAAUGUAUACAUAUAUUUAUAAUCAAAUAAAUAGUUAGUCUUAAUUUUCUAGUGCUUUGCAAUAAACUGCUGAUCAAGAUAAUGCUUGUUCAUUUGAUCAUUUCUAAUGUAUAAUUAAUUUAUAGUAUAAAAAGCCUUCGAUUCAUUUGGUUAGUUACAAAGAAAACAAUCGACUAAGAAGCACCUUACUAUGUAACCGAUAGAAUAUUAAAACUCCUCUUUAGUGUUCACUAGUGAUUAGUGUAUUGAUAAUAAAUUAUCUUUGAACCGAACAGAUCUUGUAAAUUGAAAAUAAUUAAUAGAAAGGAAUAAAUAUGUGGAAAUUAAUUAAUCAAUAGAAAACUUUAAAAUAUAUUGGACAGCAAUGAUACCUAUACUAAAAGGCUGAUUUUUAAUUAAGUAGAAAAGAUAUACUUAAAGGCUUCAAAAGAUAUGUUUGGGAAUUACACUGUAUAAAAGAUAUUUGAAGUUGGAAGUCAAGAUUAGAAACAACGAAUGUAUAAUUUGUUGAUAAAUCACAUUUUCGAUUUAUCAAAAAAUUAAUACGCAUGUAGAGUUGUCCAGAAGAUGAUUGAGUUUAUAAAGUAAUUAAAUUACUAUUUAAAGAGACUUACCUGACUAACUAGAGAUAUUUUUAUAAAUUCUUCAUCCCUAAAUGGACUUACUAUUAAAUGAUUCCAAUGGCAAUUACGUCAUUUUAUCAUGUUUUGAGUUGUUCAAUAAAAAUCAAUUAUUUUUUAUGAUUCCAUUAAUAGAAGAUUCAGUAAACUCUUAAUUAAUUUUUUUAGUUAUAAUUUAUGUCAAAGUAAACUUAUGGUUGUCGAGUAAUUUAGAGAGUGUUAGAGUUAUAUUCUUUGGAAUAAACCUAAAAAAUAUUGGAUAUUUUGAUGACACUUGCAUCUUAAUUGUGUUAUUAAGAAUUUGGAAAUUAUAUUAUUCAGUAUCUAUUAAAAAGUGGGCCUCCAAGAGAGAAAUAAAUCAUCUGUUAGAUUAUUAAAGAUAAUUUUGAGCAAUUAAGUAUUAAUAAAUUUGGAAGUAAUACAGUGGAAAAAUACAUAGACAUUAUGGGACCGAAUUAAAUUAUAAAAAAUUUAUGUUCAAUUUCAAAUGAUUAGUAAAUAUUAAUUUAAUACUAGAUUUGUAUUUUACAAUUUGUCUACUAAUCCUUAUGGGAAUUAUGUAAUGAAAAAAGUACUAAUUAGUGGGGAUCCAUCAGUACAGUAUUUAAAAGGUUUAUUGAAAUAAUAUCCAGAUCUUGUUCAAAGGAUUAAAAACUCUGAUUUCGGAUAAAGAGUUGGAUUAAUUAUGGAUGCAUUAUGAGGAUCAUUAACUUGUAAUAGUAUCUUGCUUAUGAGUAUUAUUCUAUCC